AUGUUCGGCGUCUGGGUCCGGGUGAGUUCCCGGCGGCGGCCAGACGGCCUGGCGGGAAGAGGCCGGAGACGAGGGGGCGGAUCUGCUCCGGGCUGGCGGGCGUGGGGAGUUGAGCAGGCCCGCCUUGCAGGCGAGGUGGCGGCCUGGGGGGCGGAUGCGGGAGCCCUGCGGAGCCGCUGGCCGGACACGUCCCUAUUCCUCGCCAUCACUGUUACUGGGAUCACUGUGCUCCUGCUGGCCCUGAAGAACAAGAACGUAAAGAAGAGACAUCCUAUCACCUUACAGCACCCUGAAGCCAAGUUCCUGCUGCCCUUGAUUGAGAAAGAGCAAAUCAGCUACAACACUCGGAGGUUCCGCUUUGGACUGCCCUCGCCGGACCAUGCCUUCGGGCUUCCUGUAGGUAACUAUGUUAAUCUCUUGGCCAGAAUUGAUGGUGUUUUGGUGAUCAGGGCUUACACGCCUGUGUCCAGUGAUGAGGAUCUAGGCUUUGUGGACUUAAUUAUGAAGAUCUACUUCAAAAAUGUACACCCUAAUCAUCCAGGGGGAAAGAUGACUCAGUACUUGGAGAACAUGAAAACUGGGGACACCAUCCUUUUUCAAGGGCCAUCCGGGCGCCUGUUCUAUCAUGGGUCAGGUACUGGGGGGUUCACACUGGGCCUCCAGCUAGGAGGAAGAAGAUGCCUAUGGUUGUUCCAUUGUUCUAGAAAGCUCCUCAGAUUUGAGUCACAUGGACUUGUCCUUGAAGUCUUCAUACAUUCAUUCACACACCCACUUUAUGAGAUUAUAAGCUUCAUGAAGACAGAGGAGGAGAUCUUGGUGAGCAAGGAGCUUGAAGAAGUUGCCAGAACUCACCCAAAGCAGUUCAACCUGUGGUACACCCUGGACGGGCCUACUGUUGGCUGGAAGUACAGCUCAGGCUUCAUUACUGAGGACACGAUCAAGGAGCAUCUCCCUCCUCCUGGGAGGUUCUCGUUCAUCCCGGCGUGUGGCCCACCACCCCUGAUCCAGAGAGCCGCGCACCCUAACUUGGAGAAACUGGGUUACAACAAGGACAUGAUUUUCACCUACUAAUGCCUCCCUUGCUCUUAGCAAAUUUGCCUGGUCCCGUUCAUGUUUCACAGUGAGCUCAGCUUCACCAUGUUAUACUGGGAAGUGUUCAAAGUCCCUCGUAAUGCAUCCUUGCGUACGCUGGCGCUCCUUCCUCUCUUUUGGUGUGGGGCUAAGAAAAAGGCUCAGGAGACUGAAGAUAAAGUAGCUUCUGAGGCCUCCUUGCUUGAAGGAAUUCCAUUUCAGUAUCUUUUUCCAUAGUUUAGUGAAAUAAAAUUCAGUGCAAAGCAGAUAGCCAUUGAGUAUGGCUCUGUGGGGGACCUGCUAGACAGGUAGAAGGCCUUGGCCUGCCCCAUGUGUGAAUUGGCAUCUUGUGUCCUUGGGGGGUCACAAUGGUCAAAAAUACUGGGGCAGAACUCCAGGAGAAUCCAAGGGGGCUCGUGUCAACUCCCAAUUUCUCUUGAACCCCUUUCUAGAGUGUUGUUUUUAAGGUCACACCUAUCAGAGGGCUCAGGCACCCUCCAUGUGCACUCUUUCUUCUCUUGUAGGAGACCAUUGAAAUGGAAAUGGUGUUAAAAAUACACAUCAGGGCAAUAGUCAAGGUGGGCUCCAAGAAUCCUGGACUCCCUGCACUUUACACCACAAAUGGAGGUAAGGGGUGCUUCUUUGUUAAGGAUCCUCUAAAUGCCAGGCCCAAUUCUGGUGUGGUCAGGUAGGGGUGGUUAGUACAGAAGCUUCUGAACUUGCAAACAAAAUUAGGUUCCUGAGGCUAUUCCUUAAAUCCUUCAUAUUUAUUGCAAAGGGUAUAAGUGUUCACUAUCACCAUCUGUUGUUUGUGGUCAGGAUGACAUGCUGUUGCU